CCAAGUGGCCGCCCGCCAUGGCCUCGACUCGUGCGGGCGGCGCCCUCUGUGGCAACCAUGACGACCGAUCCCCUGGACAUGUUCCUUAACUUCUCUCCCAAUCGCCAACGGCCUCUGCAUUCUGUUUCCAUGCCGUGGUCUCAAAGACUGCUGCGUAUUGACGAGUUUCCUAUCCUGUGAAACGUCUAUAUCGACCGACGUGCAUUCAGCCAUGGAGCGUCUAUCAAAAUCAGGCGUCGAUGACGGUCGGCCCGCAGCGAAGCAGGCGCUCAGCGUGGGCGGCUCGCGAGUGGUGUCGCUGCUGGUGGGGCCGGACAGGACGCCGUUCCUCUGCAGCGCGUCGCUGCUCUCGCGGCACUCGCCGUUCCUCGCCUCGCUGCUCAGCGACCGAUGGACCGCCGUCGCAGGCCAGAGCAGCGCGAAUGGCGCGGAAGCCGCGGCGAUGGAAGAGGAGAGUGGGGAUAGGGAUGGUUGUGCGGCGGUUGACAGUUGUGAGCUGAAAUCCGUUGAUGCCGGAGAUUUCUCGCGGGUCAUGCUGCUUCUGGCGUACAAAGAACUCCAGAGUCACCCAAAACUCCGCAGUGACGAUCUGGCUACUCUUCGAUCCACGUUGGACUUCCUCGAGGUUGACAUGGGAAUUCAUUUGCCUCCUGCUAGCCAGGAUGGCUGUAGCAAUGGCAAUGGGGACAAGACUCCACGUAACGAUGCUGAUGCGCCCUGCAGCCCCACUUCCUUUCCCUUCAUCUCAUGUCCGCCCCUCGUGCGCCAAUUGCGGCCAGCGCCUGUAGUUCCCAUGCCACGGGGGUACCAAGAUCCGCUUCUGUUCGAGAGUAAUGGAUCUAAUUUCCGCCUCAACCUCUGCCAUUAUGCCAUCCGGUGCACCUUAUGCCCCACACUGAAGAGUGGACAGCUUUGCAGCCACGGACGCCUCUGGACCUUGAUUGACCAGUUUCAGCAGAAGGUGGUCCAGCCGGACCUGUGCGAUGCUCGUCUGAGCCUCUAUACCAAGGUCCGCGCCAUGUAUGAUGACCCACAUGCUGGAGCAGUGCAGAUACGAAGGGCGCUUCGCAAUCAGUCACUUGUGCUUCCCAUCACGCUACCUGAAGGGAGCUCCUUGCAUUGCCCUUCAUGUCAGAGCAGGCACUACCUUGUCUACUUUUACAUGCCCCUCACCUGGUGUGCGGACUGUGGGAAAAAAUGGGAGCCUAAGACCUUUGCAGAUAUGGCAUGCUUGUUCCACGUGGCUGUUGAGCAAGCGAAGGAGCUUCUAGAAGCGUGCAUUCAUUUGUAUGCUUCACGAUAGCCUGUAGAAGUUUUUGUAAGGCGAUUCUUGGCCCCUUUCUUUUA